UCGCUUCAAGGGGGGCGGAGAGAGAGGCGGGGCGGGGCGCGGGUGGCUUGGCGGACACGCCCCCUAGCCAGAGGCCCCCCCCCUCCUCGCCGCUUUCCACUGCCUCCUUGCUCUCGGCGGUCAGAGAGGGCCGGAGCGAGAAGAUGGCGAAGACGUACGAUUAUCUGUUCAAGCUGCUGCUCAUCGGCGACUCCGGCGUUGGCAAGACCUGCCUCCUGUUCCGCUUCUCAGAGGACGCCUUCAACACCACCUUUAUCUCCACCAUCGGAAUUGAUUUUAAAAUCAGAACGAUAGAACUCGACGGAAAGAAAAUUAAACUUCAGAUAUGGGACACGGCGGGCCAGGAAAGAUUCCGAACAAUUACAACAGCAUACUAUAGAGGAGCCAUGGGAAUUAUGCUGGUCUAUGACAUCACCAAUGAAAAAUCCUUUGACAAUAUUAAAAAUUGGAUAAGAAACAUUGAAGAGCACGCCUCUUCAGAUGUUGAAAGAAUGAUCCUGGGUAACAAAUGUGAUAUGAACGACAAAAGACAAGUGUCGAAAGAAAGAGGGGAGAAGUUAGCAAUUGACUAUGGGAUUAAAUUUUUGGAGACAAGUGCAAAAUCGAGUACAAAUGUAGAAGAGGCAUUUUUUACACUUGCACGGGAUAUAAUGACAAAACUCAACAGGAAAAUGAAUGACAGCAAUUCAUCAGGAGCAGGUGGGCCAGUGAAAAUAACAGAAAGCCGGUCUAAGAAGACCAGUUUUUUCCGCUGUUCUCUGCUUUGAUGAACUCCUCAUUCCUGAGAGACUGCAGAAUACCUAGAGGGCCCUUCCCUGCCUCUCUGAAAGCACAGGCUACCCAGCCUCAGAGUCACUUCGCCCAGCUGCUGCGGAGAGCACCCCGGAACUCUGACCCCUCAACACAGACCACCAAGUGGAUUUCAGCCUUGUGGCCUAGCAAAAGAGUGGGCUCCUUUUUUUAAAAAUGGAAGCAAUGAUGUGGAGACACACGUAGAACCUAACUGGUUUUUCCUUGUUUUACUGCCUGUCCUGGAAGCUGCUGUCUUUCUUUGCACAUGCGUGUCAGCCUUUCCCUGGUACAGCGUAAUCUUAGACUCUUAACUGAGCACUUUAGUGGCAUGAAGUUCUAGACUUGUAUAUUUGAGGAUGCUUAAAGACAGCAGAGCAUUAAACCAAGGUUGACCCGCUACAGUUAAAGGAUGGCGGCCUGGGUUCUAAUGUGGGCAGCAUUUAUUGAAGGGCUCUGAUUUGUAGUAUUCGUAAAACUCAUUAAAUUUGAUAUAUGUUUAAACUUUAUAAAAAUGCCCAUCUCUCCAGGGGCCAUGGCAUUGUCAUCUUUUCGGGGCAAUCAGUCAUGCUCGCCCCUGAGUAGCUGUGUCCCCUUUGAAGAGGCCAUCCAGGAAAUAGCCUCUGGAGAACAUUGCAGCCUCACUGCUCGAGGGUUCUGUUUGCUGUCCCUUCUCCUGUGUGACUUGCUGUCGUUAUUUCCUCACCUAAAACCCAUAGUUUAUGCAAGCACUGCUGUCUUCCCAUGCUUCAUGAGCAGCGACGUCACAUAGGUAGACACGUGGUCAUCACGACUUUCUGCCCACAUCCACCUGUGGUCUUGUCACAUUAGAAUAUGUAGUACAUUCUUUCUGAGUUUCACCCAUUAGCUUAUAUUACCCAGUUCUUAACCAGAAUCCCCAUCUAUUAGAGUUAACAAAGAUUAGAUUUAGAUUUUAGUUUGCAGAAAAGAUACAUAUAUGGAGAGAGGUUAAACAUGUUGAAAUGACUUUUUGUUCUAUUUGGGGUUUAAAAAAAUAAAAGUAAUUAGACCUAGCACAUCCUCCAGAAAUCUUGUCUUUGCAUUAGAGCACAUAUGAUUCAGGUCUCAGCUUUCAAAUAGCCAUUGCUGGGUGUCUAAGACCCAGCCCUGUGUGCUUAGGUUUGUCAUUAGAGAAGUGGUGUGGCCAUCCAGGCUGAAGCUCUCCAAAGGCUUCACGGCCUUUCUCACCAGAUGCUGGUUCUGAGGUCUCUCUUGUGAAACCACCACACUGGGGAUGGGAAGGGGAUUUAGUGUUAACCAUAGAUCAGAAUGUCACUGCUGUCCUAACACAGAGGGCAUAAAAACAGGAGACAGUGGCAGGCACUCCUCUCUCAUGUGCUGUACCUUAAGGUGGAUGUGGAUAGCUGGUUACACAGACAGUUCUGCCUCAGCUUGAGAUCUGUGGUUUCAGUGCUGGACCAGUCAGGCCUUCCUUCACAUCUGUUGGAAAGCUCAGAAGCCUUCCAGUGGCUGCAAGUACACCAGAGUUCCUUUUGGUGGCCGUGCUGAAUUUACCUUUGACGAACUUCAGCCUUUUCUUCUUUCUCCCUGGUUAGCUAUCGGCUUCAAAUCACACAGUACUACGCCCGUGCAAGCAGUUCACUCAUUGAGAGCUGAUUAUAAGUCUAACAUCGUGAAAUUAAAUACAUAUUUGAAAAGAACCAGUAUUUUCUGAGAAAUGUCUUAUCACUACUUUUCUGGAAAAAAGUUUAAGCAGUUACAUUGGUCACAAAGUACUUUGCAAAAAGCACAGGCCGUGACACCACAUACGAAUGUAAUUCUCUUAGUAUUUACCUCUGACUGUUUGGUGUCUUAACACUUCGGUUUCUAUCUCAGGGGUUGUCUGCAAACCAAAACUGACAUGUUCUGUGGUCAGCUUUUUCUUUUCUUUUCUUCUUUUUUUUUUUCAACAAAACAAAACCAGAAUGCUUUGCUUUUGAUAUCUUUGCUCUUCUUGUGUCUUUUGUGGGUUAAUAACUAGUCUCCAUGAACUUCUCUUUGAAAGAGCCUAUAAAUGUUAGGUGAGUCUAAAAGUGCUCUUUGAAGCAGCAGCAAUCGGGGAGUAUAUCCUUGUUAUAUAGAAAUACAUUGUCCUUGCUAUUUUCUUACAUUUAACUUUGCUAAAUUGUAUAUAAUUUGAACUCAGACCAUAGGAAAUUCACUUUCUGCAUGGUAGAAACAACCCAACAACUAGUCUACUUUGCUGAAUAAUGUACAUAGGGUGCAUUAUUUUUUCUAUAUGUAGAUGAAUUUAGUGACCGAUAAUUGUCUGUUCCCUGCUGAGACUGAAGAUAUCUAAAAGAGAGAGAGAGAAAGAGAGAGAGAGAGUGUGUGUGUGUGUGUGUGUGUGUGUGUGUGUGUGUGUGUGUGUGUGUGAGUGUACAUUUCUGUGAUCUUCUGGAUAGGGUACAUAGAGAUUUUUGCAGCAGUAUUAGUGGUUCAGUGGCUGCACUUUAUUAUUGUGCUAAUUUUUGAAGAUUGGACUCAAAAUUUUCAACCAGAGCCUGAGGGUAUCAGACAGUGAAGUGUACUGUAACUAAGCAGCAUGUGAAUCAGUUGGUUGUAAACUGUUCUGCUGGGAACUUAUUCUAGCCUCUUGUACUUCAGGCAGAUAAUAACAAAGCGAUCUACCCGUGCAUCAAUUGCUGCCACAGGCCUUCUUACUGUUCAUGUGGUCAUUUUAUGCAGUCUUUGUUAUAAAUUUCCUGAAGACUAUGCUCUUUACUUUGAAGGACUAUUGUUUUUAAUUAUACCUCAUUUAGCUAACUAAUAUUCUAAUAACCAGUAGAAAACAGUGAGCCAGCCUCUUAGCAUCCAACAAAUUUAGGCUGCAUGCUUUGUUUUGUUUUGUUUUGAACUGGAGGAAAAGAGAAAUACUUUCGAAUAAAGCAUGCAUGUCAAUAGCUAUUAGCAUACAAAAAUAUUACUUUCCUGUCCACUCAUUAAUGAAUUCAGCUGUGCAAUAUAGUAGGUUGUUCUGCAGUUUACCAGUAAGAAAUUGUAACUGCAUUUUCUAGGCUCCAAACGCCGAGAGUCUGUAUUAUGGCUUGUAAAGUGGCUUCCUACGAACAGGAAAAGGACAAAUUAGGCACGCUUUCUUUUCAAGCUUAUGACUUAGAUUCUUUUAUAAAUAUAGUUCUUAAUCUUUAAAGAUGAGAUUCCAAGUCUAGAAUUUUAAAACCACCUUUCAUUAUGGUGGUUUACUGAUCUCAAAUUUUCUACAAUUCAAUUUUUUUAGACUUAAGAACAGCUAAACAAAACCUUUCUUUAUCUUUCUUAUCACAUCCGGUGGCAGAGAGGACUGUCUGAGAAUGAAGCCCCAUGGUUCAUAAGGACAUAGCAGGUCAGGAUAUACGAAUAAAAGUUAUGAAUGUCAUGUUCAUUAGAAAGAAACUAAACGACUGAGUACAGAAAUGAAGAUCAGCGACCGUUUGUCUUAAGGAUUUUCCAGAUUUUACUUUGUAUCUUGAAGUGUGUGCCAUAUGCCAAGAACUAACAGAACUUCGUGUUUCAUCUUUGUACCUUUUUCUUUUUUUAAAGUGAACUAUGGUCAUUCAUUCCUGUGGCCUUACAGAUGGGUUUGUCUUGACUGUUUGCAAUUGAUGCUGCAGUUCCUUUAAUGCAAAAUGCCAUGAACUGUCUGACUAAAGUCAUGACCCACCAUGGGAGCUAUGGGGUUUCUUCAUAGACUUCUACUUGUGUGCUUACACAUAUUUUCCUUUGCUUCAGUGGCUUACUGUGGAAAGCUCCUGUGGAUAGAAUGGGCCUGCCAUGUGGCUAGUCUGUGAGUAGAACGGCCCACCGUGUGGCUAGUCUGUGGGUAGAACGGCCCACCAUGUGGCUAGUCUGUGGGUAGAACGGGCCGCUGUGUGGCUACCCGCCGUGUAGCUAGUCUGUUGAAGCCAGUUCAUUAACUGUACUGAUACUGAUGUUGUGUUUUUUAAAAAUGAAUUUUAUUCCAGGUGAACUUUUUUUUUUACAAUAAUGUUCAUCUAAAAUAAAAACUACAUGAUGAAAAAUGUUUAUGACUCUUAAGUGGAUUGUACAUUUUAGAAUAUAUAUGGAUUUUAAA